UAUUUCAAUCUGUUGUGACCCCCGGGUGUGUAUUGCAUACUAAUGGGAACAGAGACAGUUAAGCAAUGACAAUACAGGAGUCAUAAGGUUUCAUCUACAGCACAUAACUUUAGACAACACUACAAAAGGCAGCCGUCCUGACUGAAUACGCUCAGUUGCACCAGACUUUAUAAAUUGUUGUGACUGCAUUCAGCCGGGGACCAGAAUGGCUGUGAACUGUGCUGUUUCGGGAGUGAUGGCUUCAUAACUUCCAUCUUCUAGCAAGCCACCCAGAGAGCACGCUACAGAAAUGCGUAUGAUUGUGUGGGUCCCAUGUUUUAUGGCAUCCUAAUCACAGCUACCUAGGACAUGUAACACAUACACAACUCAGUGGUGAUAAGAUUUACAGCAACAUUGUCAAGCAGCAGUAGCUACACAGCAGUCUGGAUAUAGGAACAGUAGCUAGAACAUAUACAGCACACUGAGAAAUAAGUCCUCAUUCUCUUUUACUGUGAUAUAAUAACCAGCACCAAAAUAAUCAGAGACCAUGGAAUACCUGACAAUACUGAUCAGCAUAUGUAUUUGCCUGCCUGCUACAACUCUCUCCCAGUCCUACAGCAGGGCUGACAAUGAGGCCCUGCCUAAAAAGAGGGGACACCAGGAAAAACUUAACCAGCUGAACUCCCUGAUGAGGUUCCAGGGAGACCAGUGCAGUAUGCUGCUAAAUGUCCAAGAUUUUCUGUUGGAUUUGUACAACGAUAACCGGAGAUACAAGAAAAAGACUGCCAAGUUACAGAAAACAGUGGACAAAAUGGCCAAUGAGAUGAAACAGCUGAGAGAGAUUGUCGAUCAGCUACGCAGUGGGAAGAUGAACAUUGGUGGGAGAUCACAGGCAGACAGUGGCUACCUGUACGACCAGUCACCAACUAGUGUUCGCGGUGGGCAAGAUACCUCCCAGAUCAUGCGUAUUGUACACGAAAUGACUGACCACAGUCGCAACAUGACGCACGCCAUGCUCAGUCGUACUGAACAUAAAUACCGUGUCUUGGAAAGAAAGAUGGACAACCUUCAGGAGAUUUCUCGUCAAGAGGCGAACAGGUUUAGGUCUAAGGAAGCCGAGAUUAGAAAAAUGAGAGAAGAGAAUCAUAAGAAAGCCAGGGAGCUGGUAAAGCAACAGGAUACUAUAGUGGACAUGGAGAAGAGAAUCCAUUGGCUGGAAAGCACAGCAAACCGUGGCAACGACAUAGCCAUUUCUCGUGGGGAUUCUGCAUGUCCCGAGGGUUUCUUGCGCUACGCCCGCUCCUGCUACAGGUUUGGGAACACCACAGUGACAUGGCUGAAGGCUGAGGAGACAUGCCAGAGCCUGGACCCCAGGGCACACCUGGUGGGAGUGGAGUCCAAGGAGGAAAAUGACUUCCUGAUAGCAUACAGGAAAUACAAUGCAGAAAAAUGGAGCAGCUCCUUCUUCUGGUCUGGAGGCAAUGAUCUCCACAAUGAAGGGACCUGGACCUGGGUGGGGACUGGGAAACCUCUGACCUUCACCUUCUGGCUCCCCGGGGAACCCAACUCAUUCCACCAGCACCAGGACUGUAUGUACUUCACCGGAGAUGGCGAACAUCGCUGGGAUGACUGGAACUGCCACUCACUGAAGAUUAACUAUGUCUGUGAGAUAAUAUUAGAAGGGACAAACUAAAAGCCUUGGCUCCUUUUUUAUUUCCAUUUUAAUCUAUUAAUUUCAAUUUCGUCAUUUUAAAAAGACUAGAUCUGGUUUUUGAUCAGAUUGUCUAAAAUGUCUUAAUUUACUGGGGUAAUCUGCUCAAACAACUAUUUACUUGUUACAUCAUAGAGAAAUUUCAAAGAAAUAUCACAAGGGAAUGUGACAUUUUCUGGAAAAAAGUACAUAUAAAUGAGAAAUAUUACUAAUCUCUAAUAACACUGCUGCAAUUUUUCAUUACUAAUCAUAUAAAGAUGUUAUACAAUAAUAUCAAUGCAAAAAUGUAAACAGUAUCUCAAUACAGAGAUCAAGCAUAAACAAUAAUAAAUAUGUGAAGUAUCUGAAAUUCUGGCAGAAUUUCAAUCAACUGAAGAAAUUUAACUUGACUAUAAUUCAGUGGAAAUGGUUACAUUCAGAGUGAAUCCAUGUUGAGUCCAGAAUCAGAAAGCAAGCCAAAUAACUAACUGCCUAUACUUUUAUUUUGUGCAUAUAACAAUAUUAAGUUAUUAUUAAGAAACAAGUUCUAUAUACAUAUAUCAUAUAAAGCAGAUAACCAUACAAGGGUUUUAAAUAUCAACAUAAUGUAAUGUUUUGUUUUUUUUUGUAAAUAGCUUUUUUUACUGUUCAUCAAGCUUAUUGCAGAACAAUAUGCUGCUACUAUAAGAGAAAGUUCUAUCUGAUGGGCAUAAUUACUUUUUUAUCUGAUGUGU